GCCCGACCCAGUGCAGAAGUCGUAGACAGUGUACUUAGACUCAGUAUAUCAACCGAUUCCCUACAAAUUUUUUUAGUCAAGAAAGAUAGAAAGCGCAUAUCAUAUCCCUACCUGUAAGUAACUGUAGUAUCUUCAUCACGUUUUUAGUUCCAUUUUUCCUCCCGCAGAUAUGUGAUGUUAUGUGUAUGUCAGUGGUCUAACAUUUUUUCCUACGUUACUCACCGCAUUGUUAGAUAGUUUCGCCAGAAUCUCCUCGAUGACAUUAGACCCCUUUUGUUCCGCAACAAUCAAAAAUUUUUCAUAGGACCAGAAGAUUUUCUGUCUAUCGGUAUCGAAGAGAACCUGAAACUGAAACAUCAGAGUGGAAGAAAAAGUAUUUUUGACAAAAGCCAGAAAAAAGAAGAUCUCGUUCAAGGAGUGCUCAACACAACUUCUACCUCACCCAACUGGAGGAGAAAAAACCAAUUCCUUGUGACGAGGAACACGGAAACUACUUGCCGCGCAACAACCAUGCGGCCGAUUGUCAUUGAUAGUGUGGACACCGACAAGAGCUUUGUUUCAACAUCCUGCUCGCAAGAACUGGCACUGCUUCGACUGAGGUGAAACUAGGUCUCCUCACCCAACAAGGGGAACGACCUACGGGGGCAGAAGGCGCGCAAUACGACGAAUAAAGCAAGUGUGAAGGACGAAAGAACGUGAACAACACAUCACGCGAACAGGAAAGAGAAAGAAGAAGAUUCAGUAUCAAGAACAAAGUACUUCUAAGCAACUUCGGAGGUUGGACGACAAGCACAUCGAGAUCGACGAACGACAACAUACAUCAAAACCAACCCAGAAGUUGGAAGUGAAAGCACUUCUAUCUUGCUUUAGACAAGCAAGAAUUUCUACUUCGGCGUGGCACGACCAUCACUGCAACUGCGAAGUGGAAGUUUUAUUAUGGCGAACCACAAUCAGAUGGUGGUCGCAGCCAACACCGCGGUUUUACCCGUCGCGGGGGAACCAAAUCCGAACUCCGACUACGCUAGCUUCUUGGAACAGAUUGACCGGUCCCUCGCACAGCACAUCGGGAAAGAGGGCGUCGACGGUGAUCAAAUGAAGGCACAGGAAGAAAAAGCGGAAAAAGUGCUGCACCGCCUGCACGCACUGAUAGACGCGGCCAGAAACAAAUCAGGUACCUAUUGAUAUUGUGGAGAACGAUUUAUUUUGGAAAACCAUUUAUGGUUCCGUGGGCAGUUGUUGCCUUUUCUCCAGCCAUUUUUGUGAUAUUGGCCGUGGAGCGAUUCGUUCACGACGGUCUUCGACCUCGGCAACGAGGGCGUAGAUGAUCCCGGCGUAGAAGCUGCAUGAUGCAAAUUUUCAAAACAACGCAGGUCUCGCAAGAGGUGCGAUGCACGUUUUCGGCUCUUUUUCAAAUGGCUUUAAGUCUGGCGGAAGCGACCUGGACAUUGUCUACCUGUCGGAGGAGAUUACACUCAAGGGUACGGUAAACGCGUUGUCCAGUGUUUUGAACCUGGCCCACAACUACCAGUUCACCAACCUGACCAAAAUUUUUCAGGCCAACGUACUAAAAAUUUGUCUUUCUUUGUACUAGUUUCUUUUCCUUUUAUUUUUUGGUGCGCAGAUGUGCUGGCGCGUCUUUGAACUGCAUUAGUACUACCUGUUAUUUCUGUAGCAUGCCGUGGUCAUGUGGUGUAGCUCCUCACGGAAAAAUCCGAAUUUUCUUUUGAUUUGUUCUUCAGUUUUGGUCCCACAUAUGAUGAUCCGAGCUUCGUCAACAAAAAAUUGUUUACACUUGAUCGGACUCGGACAACAUACAGGUCCCAAUUUUGAAGUUCACCGACGAGGAAACGGGCGUCGAGGUGGACUUUUGCAUCAACAACCGGCUGGGCGCACGGAAUUCCCUGUUGCUCCAGACCUAUUGUUCGCUCGACAAGCGGGUCCAGGAUGUAGGGCGGCUGGUGAAGGCCUGGGUGAAGCACAAGGACCUGGUUGGCACCGCGGACGGUUUUCUGAACAGCUACGCUUACAUUUUGUUAGUCAUCUACUUUCUCCAAGUGGGCUUGGAAGAACCCGUGUUACCCAACCUCCAGGCAAUGGCGGAGGAAUCGCGGCGCCAAGACUUGGAGGAACUGAACAGCACCCCGUCCAACGCGGCCAUGGCCUCCGGGGCCGCCCGCGGUGCCGGGGCCGGGGACCAGCCCCCGAGCGGUGGCUACAUCGAAAAGAUCGAGAAGCACAUUGUCCGCGACAACAAGUGGGGACGGGACGACGAUUGGGACACGAGUUUUUACGACCGGGAAAUCACACCGGAGAUCUGCUCGAAACUUACCCACGGCAAGUUCGAACUCGGAAAAAACAAAAUGACCACAGCUGAAUUACUCUUCACCUUUUUCCAUUUCUACACCAGGUAUUAGGAGUCGCGGGUUUCGUUUACUGCUCUUCGAUUUUUGCGCAUCUACUCAUGCUUAAGAUAACUCCGAGGCCACUGAAUUUUUCGUUUUCCAUCCCAAUACAAGACUCUUCUUUUGCGCUGGUGCUAAUGAAGUCGUGGUGUACAUAUAAUGCUUAAAACUGAACAAAAACAAAUCUUAAACAGGAUUUUCGACUGGCAGAACGAGGCCGUGAGCAUUCGCAUGGCGGACCCGAUGACCAAGAACGGUUUUGAGGGCGAGUCCCAGUUAAAGUGGAACCGGCGAAAAAAUGACAAAUGGGAAGUGAUCAACGACAGCGCCCGGAUUACGAUGAACUCCGUUCCGGGCCGCGACAGUCAAUCGCUGAAAGACUUGUGGUACAUCGAAGACCCCUACGACCUGCGCCACAAUCUCGCGGGAAAAAUGACGGUCACCGGCAAAGAACGUACUGUUUUUCAAGAGGUUCACUUGUUGGGCUGGUUGUUUCAAUCGAGCAAGCAAAAAUUUGGAUUUUCUUUGGGCUCGAAUACGAAUUUUGUCAUUGUUUCGAUUGCGUGUGGGACAACGAAUAUUUAGAUGUUGUUGUAUUGCUGGUAAUUGUACACACGUAACGCCAGGUAUGAUCUGCGAAAUGGAGCAGACGAUGCGGCAACUUUCCCAAGCGGGGAGCUGGGAUCAGGUUGUUCCGCCCGAUGGCACCCUGCCGAUGCUGUACUUGCUGAAGUGUCGCAUUUCCUCCUCAAUUUCCCCGAGUCUGUUUAUCCGCGAACUCGCUUCUACCGGAGUCGCACGGGUGCACAUGCCAACAGGGACGAACAACAGGAACGCAAACAAAGGCGGGAGAUACAACAGCAUCGCCUUUCUCGAGUUUGACUGCCCCAAAACGCGCCGCCGCGCGCACACCCGGAACGAGAGCUACCUCGCUGAUUGCCAAUUGCAAAUUCACUACAGCUCGCGAUGGGCAUUGGAAGAUGCCGUGGCGCAAACUCCGUACUCCGAUGAUCCUACACAAUUUUCAUUUGAUUAUUGAUUCAACAACAAAUACAAAUCUUAAGUUGCUGGCUCCCGCGUAUUUCUACCUUCACACGAAUUUGAGUGCGCACAUGUCGACUACUUCUGCGACACAAUCAUGAUGAAACUGGCCUCAGAAAAGUAUCCAGUCCAGGAGUUGUCCUCGAAACAGAGGACGACGCUGAGGACUGUGAGACCCAAAUUUAUGCGUGUCAGCUGAUCUGUGUCACAGGAAAGCAAGAGAAACACCGAUGUCUGAAGAAGGGAAGUGGAUCAAAAAAAUGCAAUUUCAAUUUCGAAGCAUUUACGUUUUGUGCCAUUUUACAUGCCCAUCUAGGAGCUGUUCCAUAUUCAUUGAAUGGAGAAAAAGUUAUGCUUUUUAUCAGGUACCACCACUAUGACGUGAAGGCGUACCUGGAGAGUGACGGCAAGGAAGGUCUUCUCAUCGCCGAACCAGGGAAGCUCCCGCAGGCUCCGGAGUCCAUCAAGAGAGCCGUGGAGCUGCACCGCGCGCACCAGAGGCUUAUCGGGCAGCAUCCCGGCGUCGGCGGUCCGCACAACAUCAACUUGCUCGGCGGCAACGUCGUACCCGGGCGCGGACCGGGAAACCCGAUGCAACCAUACCAGGUACCGCAAACGCAGAUGCCGCUGACCCGCGCAGCACCCGCGCCUCCCGGGCCGACCUAUGCGCAUCACGCAGCGCAGUACACGAAUGGUGUGAUGCAAGCGGGAAGUAGAGCUGUGAUGGGUCCGAACGGAAUGAUGAUGCCGGGUGCGGGCGGUCCUGCGGCUGGAAAUCCAAAUCCCGGUGGUUUCGUAGUUGGCGCUCAAGCACAAUCAGGCGGUCCGCACGGGGGUGCGCCCAUGGGCGGAAAUCUCCCCGGAGGGCCACCGCGCACGAAUGGCGUGCAGCCGGGAAGUCACCAGCUCCCGCCGGACGCGGUCCAUCAGCGUUUGCUCAUGCAACACCGGCAGCAGCAUGAACGCAAAGCGGCCACGGCACAAAUUUUGAAUGCAGGAGCUGUGGGUGGACCACUGGUCAACAACAAUCUGAAUGGCACUGGGGCUCCGGGUGUGGGGGCGUAUCCACCGUCUGGCGUUCCGGGGGUUGGUGCGCCGGGACCACCGGGACCGCCGCCGCCAACGAUUGUAAAUCAACACUCUUCGAUUUUUUUCAUCACUUGUUGGUCUUUCAUCGCUGACUCGUAGAGAAAGGCUAGUGAUGCAACUUUUUCUUCUACUUUCGCAUUGUCCGCGCCAUGGUGUCGUGGUGAUUCAGUCUCGGUAGUAUGGCAAGCGUAUUGACUCUUUCUGUUAUGCUCGUCUUGCGAAAAAAUACCAGGGCGGACCCCCGGCUGCUCGAGCGAUUCCCCCGUCAGUGAUGGCACAGCGUGCGCGACCGCGCAUGCCCGUGGGAUUCAACUUGCCAGACGACCAGCGCGGAUUCCCGAUGCCCUUGUACUACAAUCGUCCGCCAAAUACAGCCGGAAGUAGUGUGGCGCAACCGAAUCAUGGAUCAACUUCGUCGAACAAUGGAAAUGCCAAUCCCGGACAACUGACGGUGUCACUUUUUUCUAUCUUGUUAUCUCAACACACGCACGCUUCCGCUAUUGUGAUUGUCAAACAACAUCUCGUGCGGCUAGCCUGCCAUGGAUUGACAACGCAGUCAUGAACCACGUGUACUUAUCUAAGCAUAUUCCGAGCGACUGAAUGAUCGUUGCUGCGAUGGCCGCGUUGCGGAGCUUUUUGAUCAUGUAAUCUCCUUCUUCCUAUACCAAGUAGAAGCCGUAAAUACAAGAAUUUUCGAGCACAAACUAACAGCUCCCACUGCCACCGCUCCACAACCCGAGCGUGCCAGCCACCACGGGUGCUGCAAACGGAUCAUUGCAAACCGCGAGCACCUGGGCUCCUGGGAGACGAUCGCCAGGCGAGGCGAGGCCGGCCCCGCGAACUGCGGUUCCGAACGUUCCUGUGGUGCAGAAAGCGGCACCAGUGGAAUUACAAGAGCCAUCAAGCACUAGCAGUGGUAGGAGUAUGUUAUAAAAUAUGUGGAUUUAGCGUGAAGAAAGUCGUGCGUUUUGACUUCAUGCUCUUUACGAUCAACAUUAUAUAUAUGCUUGUGGUACUUACUGUACCUGAAACUGAAUCCCUCACUGUCGCUCCGCUUGACGCUGAGAUCCUGAAGACUCUUCCAAAUUAAACGCAAUUCUUGCAGGCGGCCAACAAACAAGCGACAGUAGCGAGAACCGGGGCGCCAGCUCUUCAGGAGCGGGAGGCCUCGGGCGUGGGCCGGCCCAGUUGAACGGCGGACCACAGUCCUCACGAAUAGGCGGCAAUCCGAGCAAUCCCCAGAGUCAGGAGCAAACAGCUUUGUUGAGCAACGCUGCGGCGCGCGAAUUUCUCGCUGCCCCGAGCGACGUGGUGACUGGCGGACCGACUUUGGUCGACGCAGCGAGGGCUGCGCACACGAAGCUGGCAAUACAGCGUAUGCAACAGGCACAGCAGCGCCGGAUUGAGUCGCAGCGCGAACCGAGACCACCGACAAACAGCGCGUAUCAAAACCAAAAUCAACACCACAGUCCACCCAACGGGAACAGCAGAAUCGAACAGACCCGAUCUUACCCAGCGUACGCCGUGCCGCCCGGUGGUGCGGGGACAGCGGGAGGAGGUGCUGGUGCGGCGCACCACCUGAUGCAUCACACAAACAACCGCCAUGCUGUGCUCGUACAGGAGCGCUCGCCGCCCGGAAUGAACCAGUUUCAAUGA